UGGGCCGGAGACAGAAGAAAGCCCACAGGCCGAAAUCUCCCUUCCGUUGCUUCACCUCCAUUCCCGUCUCGUCAUUUCCACUCCAAACCCUAGUCACCAUCAAUCGGAUCAGGUCUUGACAUUCCUGGGCGCAGCGGACCAUCGCUAGAGAUCUUGCAACUACGAUGGCGGAUGAACCUGUUGAUCCUAAGAAUUACCUUGAACAACGUUGCAAGCCGCAAUGUGUGAAAUCAUUCUAUGACUAUGAGAAAUGUGUGAAGAGAGUCGAGAGCGACGAAACUGGGCACAAGCACUGCACUGGGCAAUUCUUCGACUACUGGUCAUGCGUCGACAAGUGUGUAGCACCCAAGCUCUUUGAGAAGCUCAAGUGAUGGCAGGAAGCUGCUGAUUUCCUUUGACACCAAUAAAUCCAUCUGCUGUCCACUUUUUCUGUUCGUGCUGAACCUGUAACAUGGAGCAUCAAUUUAGCUCUUCCUAAAAUUUGUUAAACCCUUGAACAGGGCAGCAAACAUCGCUUUUUUGGCAGUUGGAACAGCUAUUUUUUUGUUUUAUUUGAGUGGACAUGACGUUCAUACCUUUUUACUGUCGUGGUGGAUGAAGGCAA